AUGCUACUAUCGUGCCUAUUAUUGCUUCUAUCCUGCCUGCCCAUCAAGGCAGCAAAAGCUGAGGACAAUGAGAAGCCAUUUUGUGCAGUCAUGAACCCCCUAACGGGUACUUAUAUUGACCUCUCGCAGCUGUCUACUAGCCCUAAUGAAGAAUUCCAGAUGACCCAGAGAAGGAACAACAAGAAGACUAAGAGCAACAAGACUCGUUGGCUAGUGAAGGACUGGGAAGGCAAGACAAAUUUCACACUCAGUGUGUGCUCAUCCCCAGUGGUGAGCAAGGAAGAGAAAGACCAACUAUCCAACACCACAGGCGCUUUCUAUGUGGUGAACGACACCGAACAUGGUUAUACCAUGAAAUAUGUAUCGAUCGGUGACUUCAGUAGUGAACCUCGCCUAACUGGUAUAUAUGACACAAGAGUGCUCACAUUGAAGUACGAAAAUGGGUCAAUGUGUCCCAACGGCAAAGAUCGUAAAGCAACAUUGUUAAACUUCAUAUGUGACAAGACUGUGAGCUCAAAAGCACAGAUUUCAUACGUUGGAAACCUCCAUGAGUGCUCUUACUUCUUCGAGAUUAGAAGCGUCUAUGCUUGUCCGACAUCAAACAAGACUAACGAAGUCAACGUUUAUGGUAUCUUCAUCAGUAUCAUUGUCAUCUUCUUUAUGGUCGAAUAUGCCUGCAGGAAGUGGCUGUUCAAGGAUGGAUCGGUGAAAUCUGUAAGACUACAUGACAAUUACUCCUCCUCAACUACCUCUUUUGCAAGAGACGAUAUGAGAUGGGAAAUGAAUAGACACAACCGUAGCUUAUGGAAAACGAUACCGAUGAAAGUUUUUGGUGGGACCUUUAGAUUUGUUGGCAGUGUUGUAGGCGGGCUCCUAACCAAGAACAACUCGAGGGCUCAAUAUUCGGCAGUUUCAACAAACCAACAAAGUCCCUUUUAUAGAGAUAUGGAAGAGCAGAAUGAUAUCCUAGAUAGUCUGGACACGAAUUAG